AGUGGGAUGACGCAGAGAGGGGGUCAGAAGUUUUUUUAAACACCACACGCCCCUAACAAUAAAGGCUGGGGCAGGUGUUGCUUCUAUCCUUUGUCCUGUGUCUGAGGCGUUUGUGGGAGCGUCAGUGUGUUCCAGUGACUGAGACAGAGACAAAGACAGGCCAGCAGCCAUGGAUGAUGUAUACAAAGCAGCGGUGAGUACAGACACAGGGACAAAACCUGCAGGGUGGGGGUUAGUUGACACAGGGGGAUGCUAGAUCAUUUUAGUCUGGAAUAAUAGACAGUCUUUUUCACUGCACAUUCACACUACAGUUAGAAUCGAUUGACUGAGGUCAGCUAGGAGUCUUCAUCUGAUAUACUAGGGAGGAAGGAGGGACACAUGAUCUCAAUCUUCAUUCAUUGGCGUACCUGGGUGUACUGUGGCUGAGUGAAAAACAAGGCACUGUUAUGAAAUCACAUGCCUUUUCUUUGGCGGUUUGUUGGCCCAGGUUGUGGAUGGUGGUAUAUCUGUUGAGGUCAACAUGAAUAUAUAAAAACAACAGCCCGUCAUGACUGUGGUGUUUUGGUUAACACAUUUCACACAAUGGCUAUAUGCUCCAGCUCACAUUAUAUUACAGUACACACUCUCUGGACACGAGCCAGAAGUGAAUAGAGGUUAAUGGGCCCUGAGGAAAGCCAUCUCUAGCUGUUCAACUGAAUUAGACAUUGAUGACGUCAAAAAGCCCUAAUCCGCUUCCAAGAGAUGUGAGAAGCGAGAAAUGGUUUUGCCAGUCAACCUCAAUUCAAGAUAUAUUUCACGAGAGCUACCGAGUUGUAAAUUAUGAUUUCAGUAUACCCAAGGUACCUUUGACAAACCAAAUGCUCGUAAAAGGAAAGGGAUUGGUAGUCACAUAGACAUGUUACCACCUUGGCGUUGAUUGGUCAAAAGUAAGUGCAGUAAUAUUGAGUGUCAAGACCCAACUAAACAUGGUCAUACGAUGGGAAAGCAUGUGAAAAUGUCAUUCAACACCAUCUUUUUAUAGAGGAGAGUAAUCGAGAAGGGCCAGCAGAGCUUUUCUGAAUGUGUUGACCAUUAUUGUCCCUCUGAGAAUAGGACAAUGUCUUUCUAAGAUAAGAGUUCACAGUGUAUGAAUAAAUUAUCUCACCAAAAGAGUUGUAAAGUCAAUGGAAAUUCAACAUUGUAUCUUUUGAAUAAACAACUUACAAGUGCCAAGAUUCACCAAGGUUAAACACAAAGUUAGUCACAUUCUAUGAGGCCAGCUAUUCUGAAAAGGUCAUUUCAAUUUGAACUGCACAACAAAAAGCUCAUUGCCAUGGCAUGACAUUAUGACCAUUUGAGCUCAGCAUGAUCUUUUCUGAGUACCCAGAUGACAUACUGUGAGGUUAGAUGGGAUUUCUGCCAUUUCUCUGCCUGACAAUAUAGAACAAAGGACAGUUAGGAAGAAGAACAGAGUAGACAGCUGUCGGCUCAAACAAAUGUCUGUCAGCAGAAUCUGUGCCAGAGCCCCCCUCGCCACAAUACAAGAAUAGUAAGUGAAGAAAGCAGCGUGACAUUUUAGUCAGACUGCACCAGGGGUAGGGGGCUGUGCUCGACAGGUUUUGGGCUGAGUUCAACGAGAGGGAGAAGGGGCUGGGGUACUGAUGGAAUAUAUGACACACUGCAAGGCCUCGGGGCUGACUGCAAACCAAGGUGAAGAGAGACAAUGGGGAAAUGGCCACCAAGGGCCUCCAGUGUGGUCCAACUAUGAGUCGACAAUUUGUCAAACAUAAAUGUAAACGAGGCAAACCAAUCUGCAUAAUUUAGGCACAUAAAGUAGACUAAGAUUAGUUCAAAAGCACUAUACCCUGUCUGUCAAUGUGAGUAAAUUGCAUACAGUAUGUAACUUUCCCUACUGUUCCCUUCAGGUUGAGAACUUAACAGAAGAGCAGAAAAAUGGUGAGUCUUGGUUUUUGGACACAAUAAUUGCUCUUACAAACCAUUUCUUCUUUACUUUUGCACCAUUCAUGUCUAUGGAGAAGCACUAGUAAUACCCAUAAGCUCCAUUUAAACCGCUUCUCACCACUAUUUCCCUACAGAGUUUAAGGCAGCCUUUGACAUUGCAUGUCAGGGUGCGGAGGACGGCUGCAUCAGCACCAAGGAGUUGGGGAAAGUGAUGAGGAUGCUGGGGCAGAACCCCACCCCUGAGGAGCUGCAGGAGAUGAUAGAUGAGGUGGAUGAGGAUGGUGCGUCACCAUGGAUACAAACGUAUCAACACUCAAUACUACACAAUACUACAUCCCCUUCACUUCAAUAUGAAUUAACCUCAGGCAAAGUCAUUAGGUCAGGUAGCCUGAGGGGUGGUUCAUACAUAGUUUUCAGACUGGUCUGAAAUGUUAAUUCCGAAGUCAUCACAUUACUAUGUUUCAGCAUUAAGACACCAUGUUACAGCUGGUGUGUGUGUGUGUGUGUGUGUGUGUGUGUGUGUGCGUACGUGCGUGCUUGUGUAUGUGUGUGUGUGUGUGUGUGUGUUGGGGGGGGGGGGGUUACAGGCAGCGGGACAGUAGACUUUGAUGAGUUCCUAGUGAUGAUGGUGCGCUGCAUGAAGGAGGAGAGCAAAGGAAAAUCAGAGGAAGAGUUGGCCGAACUUUUCCGCAUGUUCGACAAGUAAGGCUAAUAUCAAGCAAAGUGGCUGCCAAAAAACAUUUGUGCUUACUCUGACAAGAAAAUAUAAAGACAAAAAUAUAGAAAACAAAAAAAGUAAUGUAAAUGUUAUCAGGGAUAUGUGUACUCAUUGAUGCUGCUUACAGAAACGGAGAUGGCUACAUUGAUUUGGAGGAGCUGAAAAGCAUGCUGGAGUCGACUGGAGAGGCCAUCACUGAGGAUGACAUUGAAGAACUCAUGAAGGAUGGAGACAAAAAUAAUGACGGAAAGAUUGAUUAUGAUGGUAAGACAAUAAUUUUAGCCAAAAGAUCAGGCUGGCACUUCCAGAAUGUGUAAUUGUUUGUUUUUUGGUCAGCUACAUGUACCAAUGACACUCGUCUAGGCAAUCCAUUCAAAACCUUUCACAGUUCAAAUCCGGGCAGUCAAUAAGAAAUGAUCCAUCAUGAGCUGUGGGUGUCAUUCUGUUCCACAGAGUUCCUGGAAUUCAUGAAGGGGGUUGAGUAAAGGACUCAAAAGACUCAUGGACUCUCAGCCCAGGGAAAUACUCAUACCUCCUCUUAGCUCAGACCUUCACAUUAUGCCUGAACACGUUGGACAACAUUUAAAUAAAAACCUCUUUCUGCUUGGCUGAAUCUACCACUAAACACGUGUUAUAUCCUCAAUGUGUAUCGGCCUUGGUUGACAUCUUGUAUGUGGUCUAGUUUUUAUCCAUAGCAUUAUUAAGGGACCUUAAAGACAAAAGAUAUUGUUAUGUCCUUGAAGUGAAUUUCUGAACUACAAAUUGAUUAAACCCCCCAUAAUCCUAUAAUAUUUUAUUUAAAAUGUUAACCUAGGGGAGGAAACACUCUUCUCCACAAUACUGUAUAUUUUCAAUAAAGAAAGAUUUUCAGUAAUCCAGAUGAAA